UGAGCAUGUAAUUAUUACCUGUGGUGGUGUAGGCUUAGUUAAGUUAGGGAGUGCAAGUGCUAGAACAGUCUAAGAUAGUUGUUAGCUCACUUUUAAGUAUAUUACCUGUUAUUUAAUUCUUUACAGACCUGACAUUUCUGAGCCAUUCGUGGGGUCAGUGUUUACGUCCAAUUACUGUGUUAAUGGUAUUGUGGUGAAACCCGUUAUAAUAUUAACUGUUUCGAGUGUCUCCACUGUGUUGCGUCUGGAAUUGUGUACAUAACAGAAAAAAUCUUCAGUAGGCCUACUGACCAUACUAGGCCACGAGAGCGCGAGCAUGGUGGCAUUUAGGAUGUUCAUGGUUCUGGUUAUAAUGACGAUUGUAGCUCCAGCCUCCAUUCAGUGCCUAGUGGAUCUAAUGGAACGGAUAGUGGAGGAUUUGCCAGCCUUGUUUCAUAGUAUCAAGACUUCUCCAUAUUGGGGCGUCUCCCCUAGGAACUUUCCUCACUUGGCAGAAAGCAGUACAGCAGAGCCGUCUGUUGAUCAACACUGCUUCGCGGAGCUUGGCUGCUUAGUGACUGAUGCAGCUUUCUAUCAUCCUCGCUACCGACCUUAUAAUCUCCAGCCGGAGUCGCGGGAGGUCAUCAAUGUCGUCUAUAUCAUAUACUCCCGUGAGGAUCCAAAAGGACUUUUGGUACCUGCGCUAGGUAUCCAGAAGUUAUACAUAUCUUCAUUCAGACCCAACAGGAAGACCAAAAUCCUCUUGCAUGGAUACCUCAGUAGCCGGGAUUCUUCCUGGAUGAUGACUUUUGCCGACGUCCUCCUGCACGCUGCUGAUUACAAUGUGAUACUAGUGGACUGGACGGAUGGGUCUCUAGGGUUGUACGAGCAAUCUGUGGCCAAUGCCCGGGUGGUGGGGCUGGAGGUGGCUUACUUGGUCAACUGGCUCAGGGACAACACGGGACACCAACCUCAGGAUGUCCACCUCAUUUGUUAUUCCCUCGGAGCUCAUGUGUGCGGGUACGCGGGUGAGCGUGUGUCUGGACUGGGCAGGAUCACUGGACUGGACCCAGCAGGACCUAGCUUCCAGCACCUGCCUCCCAGCGUCCGCCUCGACCCCACUGAUGCUCUCUUUGUCGACGUCAUCCACACAGAUACCUCUCCAUUCUCUUGGUUUGGUGGUUACGGGAUGACGGAGACUUGUGGCCACCUUGACUUCUUCCCAAAUAAUGGACGUAACCAACCUGGGUGUGAACCUCCAGUCACCAGGUGGCUACAAAAUAGUAACUUCUCCUUGAUGUCCAAUGCUGUGGAGAAUGCUUUAGUAUGCAACCACAUGAGAUCUAUCCUUCUCUUUAUCAACUCCAUUGUAUCGCAGUGCCCUUACACGGCUUUCAGCUGCCAGUCCUACAACCAUUAUAAACAAGGUAAAUGCUUCAGUUGUGGUGAGGAUGGCACCAGGUGUGCCAGCAUGGGACUUUACGCAGACACCUGGCCAGGCAGAGGACAAGUUGGCCUCAAGCUGUACCUCACCACCGGCCCGGCAGACAAUCUCUGCUUGUAUCACUUCCGGCUGAGGAUAAAAUUAGAGAAGACAGGAAGAGAGAGCCCAGCAGGUCACCUCAGCAUCUCCAUCCUCACCUAUGCUGGACACUCCUGGAGCUUUGAUCUUACUAAUGGAUCUCCUGAAAGGUUUGAACAUGGCAAGAGGUACACAUUUGUGGUGGAACACGGGGAGGACUUGAGCAGGAGCCAGGCAGUCCACCUUACAUGGACUGUGGAGGGUAGCUCCUGUUCCACCUGUGACUUCCCACUUCCCCUUUCCAGCGUCUCUAUUCUUAAUAUGGAGAAAUUUGUCCAGAGCCGAAAGUUGAUUGGUGGGUUGAAGCUGAGGUCAGAGGAGGUGGUGCUAUGCCCUGGAGGUACAAAGAGCGUCGUCCUGGUGGGAAGUGGAGACACCAUCCAGCUACUGGCUUCACCCACUUGCUUCACCACUUGACACCCUCUCUUAGAUGAUAGCAAACACUUGAGUGCUUCCCCAGACCCACAUCCAUAAUACAGUAACCAGCUCAGUGUGGGGAGUGUAAUGGCAACAGGUAUAUGGACAAAGAUUCAAGUACAUAUGCAGAACAACGCUUUAUGCAGACAUUUUGUCCGAAUCAUGUUUGAAAUGCUCUAUUUAGAGCAAACCACUUCCAAACAGAGGCUUGUUUUGCACACUCUUGUCUUCAUCCAUACAGCUGAUUUAAACUUUCUCAAUCAGAUCUCACUAUAGACAACAAAUGCUGUGUACAAAACUGGGCUAAAUAUGUUAAUGUACAUAUAUUAAUGUUAAUACCAAAGCUAUGGCUCAACCUAAUAUUGUGUAUGUAAAAUGGAAAUAAAUAUUCAGUGCCAUGAAUA